UAUGCAAUAUAAAAUAGAAAUUAUAAAACAAAAAAAAAAAAAAGAAAAACAAAACAAAAUUUUAAAUUUCAUGCAAUUAUAAUGUGCGCAAGCUCAACUUUUUAACUACGAAACAAACAAAAACAAAAACAACAAAAGAAAAAAAAAAGGAAUUUUUCCGGACCCGAUCAAAAAUAGUUAUCUCAAUUUGUAUAUGUAUGUAUAUGCAUAAUUGAUAUACAUACUUUUAGAUGUUCUAUAUAAAUGUAAAAUAUGUAAUUCAAUGUAUAUACACACACAUAUACAUUUAUGCUUUUUUUCUUUUGUUUUUGUUUAAAUUUUCUCGUUUUUUCUCUAUAUGUACAUAUAUUUUUAGAAAAUUAAAUAUUUCCUAAAGAAUCAGAAAGGAUGCAUUCGCAAUUGAAAAAAUGAUAUCGCGUCGCCUAAAUAUAUGCAAUAUUAUUUGCAAUUUGCUUUCAUGCCUCAAAAAAGGCAACAAACAUUUUAAGUGUUAUUUUAGAUUGAACUGAAAAUACUUAUAUAUAAAAUUAUUAUUUAAAAUUAAACUAUACAUACAUACAUAUAAUAUACUGUUAUAUUAUAAUUAUAUAUUAUUAUAUUUAUUUCAAAUAAUAAAUUGUAAACAGCAAAGUAAAUUAUAAAAUAAUUUCAUAUUUGAGAAAAAAAAAAAAAUAAAAUCAAAUCAAUUAAAAAAAAAAAAUUAAUGAAGAAAUUUGUUCUAUGCAAGUAAAAUUAUAAUGGCUAACAAUAAAUCAAAGGAUAAAACAAAAAAAAUAAAAAAAGAAAAAAUAAAAAAUAAUAAGGAAUCAAGUACGAGAUUAGAUAUUGAUUUAUGGGAGUCGUCCGAAGAAAAAUAUUCUGUAUCAAAUUUACAAAUAACAAAUGAACAAAUUCAAUCGAGUGGUGCUAACAGUAAUGAACCAGAACGUGGUAAUUGGACUGGACGUUUUGAUUUUUUACUAUCUUUAUUAGGAUAUUCAGUUGGUUUAGGAAAUGUUUGGAGAUUUCCAUAUCUUUGUUAUAAUAAUGGUGGUGGAGCAUUUUUAAUACCAUUUACAAUAAUGUUAAUAAUAGCUGGAUUACCAUUAAUGUUUAUGGAAUUAUCAUUUGGGCAAUAUGCUGCUGUAGGUCCAGUUGCAAUAUAUCGACGAUUUUGUCCAUUAAUGCGUGGCCUCGGUACUGGAAUGAUAAUUGUUUCAGCAAUCGUUAUGCUUUAUUAUAAUUUAAUUAUUGCUUGGACAAUAUUUUAUAUGUUUGCAUCAUUAACAACUGAACUGCCAUGGCAAAAUUGUGAAAAAGACUGGAGUACAGAACAUUGUUAUUCAUAUGAAAUGGCUGAUAAAUGUGAAGCAAUUAAUGGAACUUAUUAUUUAAGAAACUGUUAUAAUAGUAGUUCUCCUGAUUUUAAUAAUUAUACUGAUUUAGCAUUACAUGCUCUUAAAAGGCCUCCAGCUGAGGAAUAUUUUACACAUUACGUCCUUGGAAUAUCAUCAGGAAUUGAAGAAACUGGAAGUAUUAAAAUUGAAUUAGCCUUGUGUUUACUUGCAGCUUGGAUAAUAGUAUUUUUAUGUUUAUGUAAAGGAGUUCAAUCUUCUGGAAAAGUUGUUUACUUUACAGCUUUAUUUCCUUACGUAGUCCUUGUAAUAUUAUUUUUUCGUGGUGUUACAUUACCAGGUGCUAAAACAGGAAUUCUAUUUUAUUUAACACCCGAUUUUAAACAAUUGGCUAAUGCCCAAGUGUGGGGUGAUGCUGCAGUUCAAAUAUUUUUUGCAUUGAGUCCAGCAUGGGGUGGCUUAAUCACACUUUCAUCUUACAACAAAUUCACGAAUAAUUGCUACAAGGAUUCACUGAUAGUGGCUGUAUCAAAUAUUUUAACAUCAUUUUUUGCUGGUCUCGUAAUAUUUUCUAUUAUUGGAUUUCUCGCACAUGAAUUAGAUGUUGAAGUAGAAAAAGUUGUUGAUCAAGGCGCUGGUUUGGCAUUCAUUGUUUAUCCUGAAGUAGUAACAAGGCUUCCAAUUUCUCCUGUAUGGUCGGUGCUAUUUUUUGUUAUGUUGUUAACCUUAGGUUUAGAUUCUCAGUUUGCUCUUAUGGAAACGGUUAUAACGGCUGUUUUAGAUAAGUUUCCUAAUUUAAGACAAUAUAAAGUUUGGGUAGUUUUAUCUGUUGCUUUAUUUGGUUAUUGCGGCGGUUUGGGUUUUACCACAAACAGCGGCAUGUAUUGGCUUCAGUUGAUGGAUAAAUAUGCAGCAAACUGGUCCGUAUUAUUAAUAGCAAUAUCUGAAUGUGUUCUUAUAUCUUGGCUGUAUGGUUCAGAAAGAUUUUUAAAUGAUAUUCAAGGAAUGAUUGGUAAAAAAUCAAAAUGUUGGAUAUAUUUUUGGGCAAUAAUGUGGCGGUUUAUUACACCAGCUGCACUUUUGUUUAUAUUAUUUUUUAAUUGGGUUGAAUAUAAACCCGCACAAUAUGGAAACUAUAUUUAUCCAAUGUGGGCCGAUGCUGUCGGUUGGAUAAUUGGUCUUUUACCAGUUGUUGUGAUAAUUAUAACAGCAAUAAUACAAUUAUUUGAUGCUCCAGCAAAUUUAUCAUUAUGUGAAAAACUUAGAUCUCAAAUGCGUCCAACAGCAGAAUGGGGUCCUGCUGGUCAACCAUGUUAUAUCCCUCCAAAUGUAAAAUACUUGAGUAAUACAUAUGAUAGUGUAACAAAUACUAGAGUAUUAAUCGAUGGGUCAGUCGAAGAUUCACCACCACCAGCACCACGUAAACACGAUAAUGAUGGUGGUGGUGGAAUACGAUUUGAAGCAAGAAUACAUAGUAGUAAUGAUAGCAGUUUUCAUGACGAGGGUUUGCAACUCUGAGAGCGAGUUUUAGCACCCCGUAAUGAAAACGCUUCAUUAGAAGGUGCUGCAUUAACCAAAAAUAACAAAUUUAAAGAACAUUCGUACGAGUAUUCACCUGUAGUUGUGAUUUCUGAUGAAAAACAAACAAAGCUUCCCGGUCCCAGUAUAUUAAAAGCAGCGAAAAAUGGGAAAAAUAUUGCCAAGCAAAGAUCUUCGCCGACAGAUGUCAGUCCAAGUAAACAACCGUUAUUAGAUCCGAAACUUAGAAAUAAUGAUAGCGUUGCAAGCGAUUUAAAU